CUUGAAAAUGUCUUCAGCAACUUCUCCUUCUCACCUCCUCAUGGGUUCACACUCUAGCGACACAUUAACAUGACUACUCGAGGCAGGCUGUGCUACGAUGAGUAUCGGGCCUCCCCCAUGCGAAUCAAAGGCUAAAUGUUGUCACACAAACAGAGAAACAUGAUGGCUUGGGAAGAAGGUGGCUGCGAGGAGGCAGCCAUGAAUGGCUGUACUUGAGACCGCCACGCCACCUUGGGCUUUCAGCAGGGCUGUGGAAGCUGGUCAGCUUAUUUACCCUGACCAUCAUCCUCGCCCACUCUCUUGUUUUCCAAGAAAGUACACCAACCCCCUCCAUCGCGAACCACGUCGUCGACCCACGACCCUACCACGAGUAGCGCUCUUGGCACCGGAUUCGAGUUGGAAAACGUCAUUUCGAGUGGCCGCGAUGGACUAUGAUUAUCACUACAAGUAUCAACGGAUCGACCUGUCUACCGAUGCCAUUCGACUGGUUCGUCUCCUGAAAGGAUUUCACCGAGACCCCAUUCACUGCGAACUCUUCGAAACAUUCCUCCACCAGGUAGAGGGUGUACCCUAUGAAGCCUUGUCAUAUGCCUGGGGCGAUUCUCCCGUCGCGUGUGAAAUUGUCAUCAACGAUCGGAGGUCGCCGGUCAAGGAAAACCUUCACAUGGCCCUCCUCGCUCUACGGCAGACGAAUGAGGACAGAGUGUUGUGGAUUGACGCCAUUUGCAUAGACCAGAGUAACGACAAGGAAAAAGGCCACCAGGUCGGGCAGAUGAGACUAAUCUAUGAAUGUGCGCAACGAGUCGUGGUCUGGCUUGGCCCAAGCAACCUCGAAAUUGAUUUCCUCAUGAAUACGACUGUACGGUGGGAUUAUCAAACACGACAACAACCAGGAGCCCAACACAAACAGAGCUGGAUCGAUUCCUGGACCAGGUUCACUGCGGACGAGACCGAUCUGUACAAAGAGGAAGUCGCCGCUCGACGUCGCAAUGCCUUGAAAGAGAUACUAGACCGACCUUGGUUUCGAAGAGUUUGGAUCCUUCAAGAGGUCGCCAGCACAAACAAGGCUAUGAUAUUGUGCGGCUCGAAAGCAAUGUCCAGCCAAGGUUUCGGUCUUUUGCCCUUUCUACUGGGGUUCGAACCGCACUCUCAUAUCGAAGCAGUUCUAGACAUCCUUCCGGGGUUCCGCCGGAAAGAGAGCUGGUGGGGUGAAAAGCAAACUCUCGAGACACUCCUCCUCAAAUUUGGGACGAGUAAAGCGAGCGAUCACCGGGACAACAUUUAUGCCUUGCUUGGCAUUGCUUCAGACGUUCGCGCCAGCAACGCCCUUCUCCCAGACUACGAAAUUUCGCUGGGCCGCGCUAUAUGCAACACCAUCUCAUUCUUACUUUUCAACGAGGCUUAUGACCCGUCUGCCCGUCCAUUGCCCGAGGAUAUGAACUUCGCUACAUUCGUCUGUAUCCUGCCGAGGCUCUCAGACUCUUUUUUGGGCUGGGCGUUGCAAAAACACGAUGACAUCGCAGCCGCAGCCGUUGUGCCUAAAGCUGUCGAUAUCAACAGAUAUUACUGUCUACCCAACCUUACGCCUAUUAUUGGACUGUCGCCUCUAGGGUUCACCAUCAGAGAUUCCACGCUGGACAACACAUUUCGGGCAAUUCUAGCACGACAUGAUACUGAUAUCAUGCGAUCUGCAUCUCAGCUAUGUGGGUUUGAGCAGACCAAUUUUGUAGCUGAUUUGGAAAGUACAGGGCGCGCUCUGAAACCUUGUCCAAUGUGUGGAGGUUUUGUAAGUUCUGAUCGCCCAAAGCUCGAGGAUUACGCCUUCGAACAACUCAAGCACAUCCUCCAGCAUCCAACUGCAGGCAAGGGAAAAGUCAAAGAUUUGCAGCCGCUUUUUCAUUACGCUGCCCUAACUUCCCAACCCAGGAUUUGGGAACUGCUGUUCGAAGUCACUCAGUGUAUCGAUCUAGAGAGAUCAAUCGAAAGUCUAACCAAGGCCUUGUCAGACAAUAUCGGAGAUGUUCUAGAUUCCACGCGUCAUUCCACGGCUUUAUAUGGGUGGUUUAAAGAUGCUGAUGAAUGGACCAUCAAUUUCAUCAGGCUCAUGGAUUUCUUAUUUCGCAAAAGACGGACAUCUCUCGAUGAGUUUCAAUGUGCAGACGAGUUGGCUGUGUUGUUUGACCAAAGUCCCCCGCCGUUACGCAAUAAGCCCCCGGAUUAUCUUGGUAAAAUUAUAGCAGCAUGGCGACUUAUGAAAACAGGAAAGCGGCUGUUUGCGGACACUGAUGACAGACUCAUGCUCGAUCUCUACAAUAAGUGGCACGAUCGCUUGCUAUCCAUCAGGAAAGGUCAAAAUAGUAAAGAUGCAAAGCGGAAAAGGAAAGAAGAGUUGGCAGAAUUUACGCUGAUAAGCGAACAGCUCUUGUCGCAAGUCCCGGGAAGAGUCAUUGGCGAAGUCGAUGUCAUACCCUCUAAAGAGCCAGAUUCAAUGCCGAACUCAAGCUAG